AUGAAAGUCAUAGGUUCCGGAGCAUGGCGAUAUACAGACCGCCUGCCACGCCCUGCAUUUGGUGAGACUGAGAAUUUUGUCCGACCUCCGACUCUAGCGACAGGCGUGCAUUUCCUCAAAAAUGAUAAUGAAUGUCUUAUUGGAUAUUAUCACCAUGGGUUUUGGAAAUGCGACAUUAAUGCUUGGGAAACCACUUGUAUUUGGGGUCCAGACGAGAAAAUAGGGACUUCAGCUAAAUCACCGGACUCGACUUCAUUGGUGGCGACAAAUAUACGCAGUGGUCUGGAUUGGUUCAGGAACACGUCUCAAGACUUCAAGAAAAUCAGUACUUCGUCAGAAGUCCAAGAACUUAAAUCCAAUAUUCCUCUUCUCACUCUCUUUAUCAACGAAGGACAUGCAGCGAUAAUGGGUACAACAAAGGGAUACGCCGUGAUAUUUGACGCAAACCAAGGGCGAAGAAUCCACACUUUGAAGCACGGAACGGACCAGUCGUGGGUUACAGCCUUGGCUUAUGUCGAAUCUGUGCCACGUCAUCGUCGAAUGAUUGCCACUGGAGAUGGUAAUUGUGGGCAGCAUACACAAAUCUUACUGUGGAUUGAAGACAAGGGCACUCCCGCCAAGGUUCCUAGCAAGUUGUGGGUUGCUCUACCGAGACUUGUCGCCGUAACUGUAACCGUUUCCCGUAUAAUUCUCGUAGCAAUGGGUAUAACCUUCGCAUUAUUGCUGUUAUUCCCCUCACAAUGGUCAGUGGACGAUGUUUCGAAGAUGCUAAGAUCUCCUUCCUCCACACCUUCCUCUUCCUCCGCAUCUUCCUACGCAUCUUCUUCUUCCGUACCUCCUUCCCCUUUCCCGUUACCCGGUGGACACUCACUUCAGAAGACAAAAUUCAAAGAAAUACUGGAAAAUUUGGGAGAGGUAAUCCUGGUAUGCGUCAGUUGA